GCGGGCCGCACUUCCGCCUCCUCCUCCGGCUCCCUCCGCCGACAAGAUGGCGACGUCGCUGGGCUCCAACACUUACAACCGGCAGAACUGGGAGGACGCGGAUUUCCCCAUUCUGUGCCAGACCUGCCUCGGAGAAAACCCCUACAUCCGGAUGACCAAAGAGAAAUAUGGAAAAGAAUGCAAGAUCUGUGCCAGGCCUUUCACAGUGUUUCGCUGGUGCCCCGGCGUCCGCAUGCGUUUCAAGAAGACGGAAGUGUGUCAGACCUGCAGCAAGCUCAAAAACGUGUGUCAGACCUGCCUCUUGGACCUGGAGUACGGCUUGCCCAUUCAGGUCCGUGAUGCAGGCCUCUCCUUUAAAGAUGACAUUCCAAAGUCCGAUGUCAACAAAGAGUAUUACACCCAGAAUAUGGAGCGAGAGAUUUCAAAUUCUGAUGGCACCCGGCCAGUUGGGGCCCUCGGGAAGGCUACUUCUACCAGUGACAUGCUGCUGAAACUGGCUCGGACCACCCCUUACUACAAACGGAACCGUCCACACAUCUGUUCCUUCUGGGUGAAAGGGGAGUGUAAGAGAGGAGAAGAGUGCCCAUACAGACACGAGAAACCUACGGACCCAGACGACCCCCUCGCCGACCAGAACAUCAAAGAUCGAUAUUACGGUAUCAACGACCCCGUGGCCGAUAAGCUUCUGAAACGAGCUUCGACGAUGCCUCGCCUGGACCCGCCAGACGACAAGAGCAUCACCACGCUCUACGUCGGUGGCCUGGGGGACACCAUCACGGAGACGGACCUCAGAAAUCAUUUCUACCAGUUUGGCGAGAUCCGGACCAUCACCGUCGUACAGAGGCAACAGUGCGCGUUCAUCCAGUUUGCCACGAGGCAAGCUGCGGAAGUGGCCGCCGAGAAGUCCUUCAAUAAGCUGAUCGUCAACGGGCGCCGGUUGAACGUCAAGUGGGGACGUUCCCAGGCAGCCAGAGGCAAAGAGAAGGACAAGGAAGGCACUACAGAUUCCGGAAUAAAGCUGGAGCCCGUUCCGGGGCUGCCUGGAGCUCUCCCUCCUCCUCCGGCGGCCGAAGAAGAAGCGUCGGCCAAUUAUUUCAACCUGCCUCCCAGCGGCCCCCCCGCGGUGGUCAACAUCGCGCUGCCGCCGCCUCCUGGGAUUGCGCCCCCGCCUCCGCCAGGGUUCGGGCCUCACGGGUUCCACCCGAUGGGCCCUCCGCCUCCCUUCAUGCGAGCCCCGGGACCCAUCCACUACCCGUCUCAAGACCCCCAGAGGAUGGGGGCUCACGCAGGAAAGCACAACAGCCCCUAGCACCCCGCCGCCACGCCGGGCCUCUGCCCGGGAGAAGCACGAUAGCAACCUAAUAAACACACCUUGGAAGUCGAUCUGUUUUUUCUUUGUAAGUUUCCACGGCAGCGGGACCCGCUUCCGGCUGGGUCGUGGGCGGGCGGAGAGCCGACGCCGCGUCCCCCACACGCUCACGACGGCGAGGGCGGCCUCGUCGCGCUGCCCGGCGUUGAUCAGUGCGGGCACCCGAGUCCCCACCGUGACUCUGGCUCCUUAACCGCACUGGCAAGUGGGGACCGUGGGCGGUAAGUAAGAACCUCCAGAAAUGAAGUGUUCCGGGACCGCCGCCGGCACACGUGUAGACGUGCGCCUGGGUGUUCGCGUGUACGUAUGCGUGCCCGCGACCUUCCCUUUUUCGGAGGUGCGUCUCCUGGGGUAACCCGUGUCUGUCUGUUUUGCUUGUCUAAUUCACACCUCUAACUACCUUCACGUCCGUAACUGUUUACUCCCUUUUUCUAGCCGACUUUUUCAGAUCUUUUUGCUAAUUCCAAGCGUUACCAGGUGCUAGGGUCGCCUGGUCAUUUCCCCGUCUCUCGAAUCGGCGCUCUAAAGUCAGCCGGGCUUGGGAAAGACCCCAGCAUUUGAGAACUGGAGGCCCUGGGUUUGGGUUUCGCCGGACCCUCGCCUGAUGGCGUCAGGGCUCCGCUUUAAAAGGGGACCGUGCUAGGGGGAUGGUCCUCCUCCCCCCGAAAUGGAGCAACCCACUCCCCCUGCCAGAAAGGGCCACCUCCUCUCCUGCCACUGCUGCUCUGUGAUGGCGCGGCCCCAGCUCGCCCAGGUCAGACCCUCCCAAGCAUCAGGGGACAGUCAGGGCUGGCAAUUCCUGCCCCAACCUAGAGCCCACCGCCCUUCCAGCGUCGCUCAGCCCUCAGGGGACGCCAGGCCCCGGGCAGUGGCGGCGGGCGGCGGCUCGGCCGGGCGAGGAUCCCCGAUAACCCGAGAUGGCCGGGGGAGUGGGACCCGGGGACCGGGUUUGCCCGACCUCCAAACGUGCCCCCGAAAGCCAAAAAGAUUGCCGUGGCCGAAAUCUCUGGGAUGGGAGCGGAGACCCGGUGCCGAGGUGUCGUGGGAGGUGGCCUCUCCUAACCUGCAGGUGACUGGUCUCCUUUCCACAACUGGCAUUGGUGGGGUCGGGGAGGGUUUGAGGCUGUCGUACUCCAAAUUGUAUGAUGAGGAUGAUACUAAUGAAUGUCACUGUAUAAGCCUUCUCUAACUGAGGUGAGCAAGCCUUGUCUAUGUGUUUUGAUAGCCGAUCUGUGACUUGGAUGAAAAGACCUUGUAUUUAGCAGGAACCUUCAUGUGCCUGCUGCUUCUCUGGUCCCCUCCUGCUCAGAUGAAAGUGUAUAUUUGCUUUUUAUUUUUUUUUUAGCUUGGAUGUAACCGAACUAUAGAUAAAUGGUAAAAGAAAUGUGAUGCCAUCUUAUUUCCUUUUAAAGAAAAAUUAAAACAAGAUUUUCCAAACGA